GAAGUCAAGACAAUAAGGAUAUUUCAAGAAAAGGGUUCACAUUUUCUUCCUGUGGUUGUUGGAUAAUCAACGUGCCACUGAUGGACACCGAUGGGGAUUGAGCUGCGUUUAACCAGGAAAAGAUGAAAAGAAAUGCAACGUUUACGUUGGUUAAGCAGUCCUAGUGCUCCCUUUUUGAAGGGUUUUCUUCAACGCUCGAUGACAUCUGUCAAAAACGUGUCGAGGAAUGGAGCGCGCCAGUCAGUUGAAGCCAAUGUCUUUUAUUUAUGGAGAGUUCUGGAAUAUGUCAACCAAUGAUACCAAUGUCAAUUUAACGACACGAGGAGAGGAGGAGAAGGAUAGUUUGACUUUUCAAGCUGGUUUAGCAGUUACAUUAUCCCUAAUAACUUUUGCAACAACAUUAUCAAAUGCAUUUGUUAUUGCUACUAUUUAUCAAUCUAGAAAACUGCAUACGCCUGCAAACUUACUGAUAGCAUCGCUCGCCCUGACAGACCUUCUGGUGUCCGUAUUGGUGAUGCCAAUCAGCGCGCUAUACACGGUGAGUCAAACAUGGACUUUGGGCCAAGUUAUGUGCGACAUAUGGUUGUCUUCAGACAUAACGUGUUGUACCGCAUCCAUUCUUCAUCUGUGUAUAAUUGCGCUGGACCGUUACUGGGCAAUAACAGACGCGGUUGAGUACACCAAGAAGCGCACAUCAGCGCGCGCCGCGGGGAUGAUCGCCACUGCCUGGGUGAUUGCCAUCUCUAUCUCACUACCGCCCUUCUUCUGGCGUCAGGUGAAAGCGGAGGAAGUUACCACUUGCAAUGUGAACACUGAUCACAUUUUCUACACAAUUUAUUCCACUUUUGGAGCCUUCUAUAUUCCCACGCUGUUACUCAUAGCCCUUUACGGUAGGAUCUACGUGGAAGCCCGAAAGAGGAUCUUGAAACAGUCGUCUAAUAAUAAACCGGGGAAAAGACUCACCUCUGCCCAUUUGAUAACAAACUCGCCAGGUACAAACUCUGUGGCAUCAACAGUCUCUCUAAAUUACGGGACGAACGAAGCCUCUUCUUGUGAAGCUAAUAGCUCCCCUGCCAAUGUGAACUAUGUGAAAGUCACUGUAUCCGACGCGCUCCUGGAGAAGAAGAGGAUCUCAGCUGCCAGGGAAAGAAAGGCGACUAAAACUUUAGGGAUCAUUCUCGGAGCUUACAUCAUAUGCUGGCUACCGUUUUUCAUUUACACCUUAGUGGUUUCAGUCUGUGCGUCAUGUUUCUAUCCAGAAUUAUUUGACAUAUUUACUUGGUUGGGUUACCUUAACUCUUUAAUAAACCCCAUCAUAUACACCAUGUCCAAUGAGGAUUUCAAAAAGGCUUUCCACAAACUAAUACGCUUCAGAUAUUGCAGGUCCUGAAAAUAGGCUACCAGACAUAAAAGGCUGCCAAUACCACUACAUUUUGUUCAGCUAUGUCAAACUGCACCUCGCCAAUAAUUGCAACAUGUUAACUCUCCGUCAUCAUCAACCUGUAAACAUGUGCAGUAUUGUAUCUUGCAUGCUUUCGAAAC